GCGAUGCUGCCAGCGUGACGUAUAAUCUAGUGGACGGUUCUUCAGAAACAGCUCGUCAACCACCAAGGUAGCUUGCUGUCCAACAUAGCGUAUAAAUAGUUUGAAUAUUUCGGCUAUCGAUGUAUAUUAGCUACUGUGUUUUAGACACACUUCUGUCGUAUCUACUUGUUAACCUAUUUCAUUUAAUUUGACGUUAUUUUGUAUUAGGCAGCUAUAGUAGCUGGCUGGUUAAGUUAGCACUAGCCUAGUCGCUAACGAUAGCUAGCUAGCUAGCUAACAUCCCCGAACAUGAGCUCCCUAAACUACUCUCCUCCUGUUAAAGAAGAGGAGGGCUGCUGGACGGAGGAAGAAGCUCUGGGGCUGAACAUUGUCGCGAAAGAGGAGAAGGAAGAGGAGGAUGUCACAGUAAAACAAGUAGAGGGUGAUGCUGUUACAGUGAAAGAAGAAGAGAAAGACGUUUCAGUGAAAGAAGAGGAAGACGCGUUCAGAGUGAAAGAGGAGGAGGAUGUUACAGUAAAAGAAGAGGAGGAAGAUAAAGAUGAGGAUGUCGUUUUUGGAGUGAAGAAGGAAGGGGAGAUUACUGUCACAUUGAAAGAUGAAGAGGAGGAGAUAGGAGAUCUGAUUAACACCAGAGAGAGAGGUGACUAUCGUGGAUCCUCUGGGGAGCCUCAACAACCGCAUGAUGCUGACGAGACAGAGAAGAGUCUCUACAGACCAGGACACCUCAAGAAGCACCAGCAGAGACCCAAAGGAAAGAGAACUCACCGCUGCUCUGACUGUGGGAAGAGUUUUGUUUUCUCAGGACAAUUAAAAUCACACCAGAGAACGCACACAGGAGAGAAAUCAUAUGGCUGUGAUCAAUGUGGGAAGAGUUUUACUACAUUUAACAAUCUGAUGAUACACCAGAGAACACACACAGGAGAGAAACCUUAUAGCUGUGAUCAAUGUGGUAAUAGUUUUGUUUCAUCUGGCCUUCUGACUGUACAUCAGAGAAUACAUACAGGAGAGAAACCAUAUAGCUGUACUCAAUGUGGGAAGAGUUUUACUCAGCUAAGCAACCUGAUAUCACACCAAAGAAUACAUACAGGUGAGAAACCUUAUAGCUGUACUCAAUGUGGGAAGAGUUUUACUCAGUCAACCAGCCUGAUAUCACACCAGAGAACACACACAGGAGAGAAACCUUAUAGCUGUGAUGAAUGUGGGAAGAGUUUUGCUACAUCUAGCAAUCUGACACUACACCAGAGAACACACACAGGAGAGAAACCUUUUAGCUGUGAUGAAUGUGGGAAGAGUUUUACUACAUCUAGCAAACUGACUCUACACUACAGAACACACACAGGAGAGAAACCUUUUAGCUGUUCUCAAUGUGACAAGAGAUACUAUGAUAAAUGUUCUCUGAUUACACAUCAGAAAAUACAUGCAUGAAGGCGUUGUUUCAUGAUAUCAAUGAAAUUACGUCAGCAUGUAGAAUGUUUAACAAUGUACAAGGAGUAUUUUAAUGAUGUCACAAUAUAGAACCCUAAAUGUUUGCCCCCUGUUCUAUUGAUUUCAACAUGAUAUGGAUAUUAGCCUCAGGGGGGAAAUCCAGGCUCUGAAUUGAAAGAGUACUAUUUAUAUGAUUUAACAAAAAGUGAGUAACAAACAAGUUCUGUCUUACACUUACUAUGUUGGUGGCCCACUUUAAUCACGAGUUACACUUGUUACACAAAUUUGAUUUGAUUUGAAUAAAAAUGUAGCUAGAUGUUUUCUACAAAUAGUCCUCAACCAGUGAUGUACACAUUACUCUCAGAUUCCGUGUGGUGUUUGAGCUGUUCGUUUAAACAGGACGUGCAACCUCAUCUCCCUCCUCUCGGCAGAAUUGAUUUCAACAUGAUAUCAAUGAGUGAUGACAAAUAAGUGUUGCCCUUAUUUGUUUAGCGACCCCUAAAUUUAAAUGCAUCUCUCCAAAAUGUAGCUGACUGUCUUCUGCAGAUUGUCCUCUAACCAGUGAGGUGAAAGAUAUCUCCUAUUUCCAUGUGGUUUUUUUAGUUGUGUUAGGUACAACCUGAUUU